AUGGAGCAGCCGUACAUUAAACUCGCAGCUAUAGACAAGUUAAAUUCUUACACUGAUGCAGGUACCUUUCGAGCCAUUGUUCCCUCUGGUGCGUCCACAGGUGCAAAUGAGGCUCUUGAGCUGCGAGAUGGCGACGCCUCUGCAUAUGGUGGCCGGGGCGUCCAGAAAGCUGUGUCAAACGUCGGACUGGUCAUUGGUCCUGCGCUAGUGAAGAGCGGGCUCAAGGUUGAUACAGACCAGAAACGCAUUGAUUCGUUCCUCAAGAAUCUGGACGGUACCAAAAACAAGGCAAAGCUCGGGGCGAACGCCAUUUUGGGCGUCAGUAUGGCAUGUGCCAGAGCGGGCGCAGCCCAUGCAGGAAUUCCGUUGUACGAGUUUCUUCGACGUGAGUCUGGAGCAAAGAGGCCAUUACUGAUGCCAGUGCCGUUCUUCAAUGUCUUGAACGGGGGUGUGCAUUCCGGUAACAAGAUGGCUUUUCAAGAGUUUAUGAUCGCUCCUGUCGGGGCUUCCUCUUUGACAGAAGCAGUACAGAUGGGUAGCGAAGUUUACCAUCACCUGAAGAAGACCAUUGUUGAGAAGUUUGGACCGUCUGCUACCGGCAUUGGAGACGAAGGCGGGUUUGCACCCCCGAUUUCCCAGCCUCAUGAGGCACUAGACCUCUUGGUUGAAGCCACUUCUCGUGCUGGUUAUAGCGGCAAAAUCAAAUUUGCGAUCGAUCCUGCAUCGAGCGAAUUCUUCAGGAAUGGAGACUACGAUAUUGGGUUCAAAGACAAACCGAACUUGCACAGCCCAAAGCAACUCUCAGAGCUGUAUCACUCGUUGUUGCAAAAUUAUCCCAUCGUUUUGCUGGAAGAUCCAUUCGCCGAAAAUGAUUGGAAUAGUUGGACCGAAUUUAACAAAGAAUGUCCAGUCGAGCUGGUUGGGGAUGAUUUGCUGGUCACGAAUACUAAGUAUGUGCAAGAGGCAGAGGAUAAGAAAGCGUGCAAUGCUAUGCUGCUCAAAAUCAAUCAAAUCGGCACCAUCUCCGAAGCAAUCGAAGCGUAA